AUGGGGAUUAUUGAAGACUCGAACCUGCAGGGCAACCAGCAAUGGCUGACCGCCAUCGUGUACCUCCCGGUUCUGACUGUCAAUUCCCGGUUGGUGAAACACGGAGGAUCGGAGAAGCAGAACCGAUGUCAGGAUAGGAAAAUCGGAUAUGCAGCGCGUGCCCAUGGUAAAGUGACUGUCGCUCAAUAUCCUUCCGCGGGGAAUAUGCAUCGCCCUGAUUUCAGCAGCCAACAAUUUUACUGGCCUCAUCGUCCCAAGCAGCGUGCAGUACACCCGACGCCUUCUAUCAGCAGAUCGUAUCAUCGUCAUAUUCACACGCAAGGAACCCAGAAGGCUGCCACCACUGCCUCUGCUACCGUUUUUGAUGUCCAUGUCAACGACAUUGUUAUACCGUGA